GUGAAUAAAAAUGCAUAAAUGCCUUUAUUCUCUAUAUGGAAUAGCAAUGUGAAACGAUGUAUACAGAAUAAAAUAGAUAUUCCCUUUCGCUAAACCUGUUAUAGAGGGAGUGACUUUAUCCAAGCCUAAUAUAAUUAUGUGUAAGCAGCACUUAUUUAUUCAACGCUGCAGUCUAGUCGAUUGAUGCUCACGGACGGAGACACACUGGUGUACCAAUGUGGAAGGAAUAGGGUAUGUUAAUAAUCAACAAAUCUAACGAAAUAAGGAAGGUUAAUUGUAUUUAAUGCAUUUAUGGAAGGGCGUCUUCGUCGCGUGAGAGAAGGAAGACACAAACAGAGCAUGCUCCACGAGCCGACCACGAUACUUUUCUCGUCUGGAAUUCUGCGGGUUUAUAAAUGAUUCAUGGAGCGAGCCUAUUUUUAAGCGGAGUAAUUGCGCGCAGCUCGCACAGUCACUCAGUGUGUUACUAUCAGCUAUGAGUGCGUGUGCUGUUUUCGCGUGAGCGCUUGCGUGUAAGUGAAAGCUGGUCACCAAUCUACAGGGGAGACGGAGAGGAGAGGAGAUUCCAGACGAAAGAAACUGUGAGCUUGAGCAGAAUUCGUGAAAGAAAGUCAAAUUGAUUUGGCUUUAAUUCUGGGGUUUGAUAGAAUAUAUCGUCCAGUCCUGCCAGUCCAGCCGUUGGUCAAGGGAAUCAACUGUUGCUGCAGCCGACCAGUUUUUAAAGGGACAUUAGGCUAUUCACAACUCACCAAGUCCGUGGUGCUGACUCUGAAUCUGGACAUGGGUUUGAGAAUGAAUUUUUAACCAUCACCUGGACCUGGUUUAUUUAUUGUGCUGCGCGCACCCGGCGGCUGGAUGCAUGUUGUUCAAGGUCUGUUCUGAUACUGCAUAGAGAAUACAUGCUCUUCCAGAAUGAUCCUACUCCACGCCUCUCCUGGCUUUUUGAUAUUGGUUUAUCAUAUUUUUCUAUCAGUCAGUAACAGUUGCUUGUAGGCAAGGAGGCACAUUUGGGCUAUUUAAACAAUUCCAAAGGCAGUUGGAUUAUAGUGGAUAAAAAAAAAAAAUUGUGACCUUGCCUUUUCAGCGUUAAUCCAGGAGGAUAGAUGCUGAUGAUGGAGAAUAACGGCAUGGACGCGCAUCAGGUUGGAAUCAAUCCUGAAUACGAGCUGGAGGGCCGGCCGCGGUCAUGCACUUGGCCGCUGCCGCCAUGUCCGGAGGAUUUCCCUCGGGGAGUGGAUGAAGCAAAUCGAGGUCUGCCCCUGGCAUCUGUCAAACUGGAGCAGCUUCAGUACAACGUGCCGGCAUGCCGCGGUGGAGCAGCCGAGGGAAGAGGUGGCUCACCGGCGGAGCUCAAACAUCCAACCCGCGCCCCGGUCCCCAUCGCAGCCGGCGCUCCUACAUGCAUGUCUGGGGCUGGCCUCGACGUGGCCGGCCAGCUGCGCAAAGCCAAGUCGUCCCGGAGGAACGCGUGGGGAAACCAGUCGUACGCGGACCUCAUCACGCGUGCCAUUGAGAGUGCCCCCGAGAAGAGACUCACUUUGUCGCAGGUUUACGAUUGGAUGGUGCGCUUUGUCCCUUAUUUCAAGGAUAAAGGCGACAGCAAUAGUUCAGCUGGAUGGAAGAACUCCAUCCGCCACAACCUGUCCCUCCACACUCGGUUCAUCCGUGUCCAGAACGAGGGGACAGGGAAGAGUUCCUGGUGGAUGCUGAACCCAGAGGGAGGGAAGAUGGCGAAGGGACCCCGGCGACGCGCCGCCUCCAUCGACUGCCCCAACGGCACCAAGUACCUGAAGAGUAAAGGUCGAGCCAGGGGGAAGAGGGCUGGAGCUGGAGCUGGGAGUGGAGCUGUUGGUCGGGGCAGGCGGCAGGGUUAUGGCCUAGGUCAGGGGGCUCGACCGGGGAUGCAUCAGGGGUCUCCGGAGCAUGGUAGUCCUGCAGGGAAGGGCGGAGUAGGGGUGGGAGGAGAGGAGUACGAUGCCUGGACGGAUCUCCACUCCCGGACCUCCUCCUCAGCUUCGACGCUCAGCGGCUGCCUGUCUCCCAUUCUGGCCGAGGCUGAGCCAGAUGAGCCAGAGGAGGGAGGCCUGUCCUGCUCCACUUCCCCACGUCUCUAUCCCAGCCCUACUUCCACUCGCUCCCCUGCCCUGGGCACUGGGGGGCACUGCCCUGGAACCUCCAUGGAGCUACCCCAACUCACUGACCUGACUGGGGCUAUCAGCCUGGACGAGGGUUACCCCCACCCCCAGAACCACCCUCAGACCCAGCCUCGUAAUGGCUACCCCAGCCCCUAUGGCCCUGGCCCCAAGGAGGAAGGCUCCUACUGCGGCCCCGUCUACGGGCAGCCAUCCCUGGGCAUGCUGCGGCUCCACGCCCCCAUGCCCAUGCAGACCAUCCAGGAGAACAAGCCAGCAAGCUUCCAGCGCCCACUGAGGGUGUACUCAGAGAACAAUGCCCUGCAGAGCCUGCUGACCGGAGGGCCUGGAGGUGCUCAGUACUGCAGUAAGGACAUGGUCACACUGGGAGGGCAAGGAGGGGAGUCACACACGCUCCUGACCCAAGUAACCAACGGGGUUCACAGCCAUAAUCAGAGUCGCAGCAGCCACAAUCAUAGCCAUAGCAACCAUAAUCAUAAUAACCAUGAGCACGGACACAAUCCAGGCCCACACAAUGGUCAUGGCUCAGUUCAUGACCAGAACCCCAGCGGUCAUCAUCAGAAUGGUCACCACAAUCACGGUCACCCCAACCUGGACUACAACCAUAGCCACAAACAUCACCUCAGCCCGGGAUCUGACUACAACCAGAGUCACAACCACAAACUGAACCCAAGCCAUGACCACACUCCCCGGUCCAAUCAGGGUCACCUCCACGAUCACCUCCAGGGUGGACCUAGACCUCCAGCUGUCCAGGCUCUCUCUCCUAGAGUCAACACAGAUAUCCUGCAGCCCUACAGCCUCAAAACCCCCACCACAACCCCUAGCCACUAUGGCCCCCUCGCCCCCCACCUCCCCACCAACAACCCCCCGUCCCUGCCCCCCAACCCCGCCUCAGUUCUUGACAUACCCCAGGACCCCUGCCUCCGCCUGGCCUCUGCCCCAGCCCCUCACCCCCACCCCCGCCACCAGCCCUACCCCGGUACCACCUACCACCAGGGUAUAACCAUGACCGACUCCUGGCAUGGCUACUACCACCAGACCCUUCACCCCUCCCAGAACUACCAGGGCCACCCCCACCACAGCACUCACCAACCCAGCCGCAUGGCUCCAGACCUGGAUGUAAACAUAGAUGUUCUCCCCAGCAGCCUAGACUGUGACGUGGAGUCCAUCCUCCUCAAUGACUUUAUGGACACAGAGGGGAUGGGGAUGGACUUCAACUUUGAUGGCUCCCUGUCUCAAGGAGUGGGCAUGGGCAUGAGCAUAGCGGCUUUCGCUGGAGCGCCGCAGGGACAUCACAGUCAGAGCUGGGUGCCUGGGUGAAGGGGAUUGGUCGGGGAAGCUCAAGGGCCAAUCAGGACACAGCAGAAAGGCUUUUACCCACAAGGCUGAGCUGCAGGGGUCAGAGGUCAGGGAUCAGGGUCGGAGUGUACCCUUGGACAGACUGACUGAUUGACUGUAAUGCUUAAUACUACAAGACAAAGGAACUGAAUAUGUAUUGUCAUGUUGUUUCCUGAGGGUCCCUUUAACUCUACAAUCUCUAUUCUCUCGUUCUCUCUCUUCCACUCUCUCUUUGUUCAUUCUCUCCAUCUCUAUUCCUCUCUCUG